CCAAUUUGAUCAACGUGGUUGUGUAAAGAAUAUGAGGCAGCUGCUAAGUGGUAACCAGAAGAGCCAAAUGUUAAACUAUUGUUACAGUAAUUUGAAUAGGGUUCCCAAAUGCAGAAGAAAGAAAGAGAGAAAGCGGCCUUCACUUCACUGUCACUGAAUACUCUGUUUUUGAUGCAGCAACGCCUGACUAACUUUUUCGCCUUCCUUUCCUUUUCCCUUCCUUCACCAAGAUUCAUGCCACUCACUGUUAAAGACCGGACCAGACCAGCAGAAGACCUACAGUCAGUCUCCCGCUCUUGGAACCACUCUUCAAUUCUUCUCCUUCUCCAUCUCUCCCACUACAUUUGCUUGAGCCCCUGUUCCGCCUAUCUUUCUGCAUUCCUCUAUUUCUACGCUCUUCAGUCCCAGCUCCAGCUGCAGCAGCGUUGAAAGAAUAAGAAAUGGAAGAGGGGUAUAAUAAGCAAGCAGGAAGCAAGCACAUUGUGAAACCCUUGUUUCCAUUUGAAGAACCAGACCCACUGUGCAGUCUCAAUCUCAAAGAGACCUCCGAUUUUGUAAAGUCGUUUCCUUUCUCGGCCGGAAGGAAAUCCUCCGCCGCCGGCGUUGAACCCCCACGGAGGAGCUUCCCUUCCAAAUGGGACGACGCCCAGAAAUGGCUCGUCGCUUCUCCUGCUCAUCCCCUUCACCGCCCUCUUCCUCCUCCUUCCCCCAAAUAUUUGUGUUGCGACGAUAAAAUCAUCGCCUGCUGCUCUCCGGCUAAUGCGAACCUGCCCCAUUUGCCCACUGCUUUCGCUGGCCUCUCUGUUUCUCCCAAUUCGCUUCUCAAAGAUAAGUUCACAGACGAGGUGGUGGAGACAGUCACCCCAAAAUUCAAGAACUCGGAGCCAUCAUCUAACAAGCAAGGAUUCCUGUUCAGGAACUCCAUAGGUAUCAGUACAGAUCAAAUCAUGAACGAUGGGAAGACGAGUGGUGAACUAGUUGUGGUGGAACACAGAGAUGUAGGAACCGAGAUGACACCAAUGGGGAGUUCAACCACUUCCAGAUGCCACACACCUUUCAAAUCCUCCUCGCCCGCCCGCCACAACACUCCUGCCAAUAGGUCAGGCCCAUUGGCCCCCAUUUCCAACUCCGCGAGUAGCAAUAACAGCAGCAGCAACAGCACCACGAUAUUCGAGCUGCAGGACUGUCACUUGGCAAAGCUGCAGUUCGAUCCAGUCGGGUCUAUCUGGAGCACAAGGGAGGAAGAGGAGGAAGAGGUGUCCAAGAGCUUGAGACACUUCGAAACUGGAAGGAGCAGCAGUGUCUCUGAUGGAAGGGCUGCAGCUGCUGCUGCAUUGGCUUGGGAGGAAGAGGAGAAGAACAAAUGGUGCCUCAGAUACGAGAGUGAAGAAGCAAGGAUUCAGGCGUGGGUGAACCUGCAGAGCGCAAAAGCUGAAGCUAAAUCAAGGCAGUUGGAGGUGAAGAUACAGAAGAUGAGAGCAAACAUGGAGGAGAAGUUGAUGAAGAGGAUGGCAGUUGUGCGCAGGCGAGCUGAGGACUGGAGAGCUGCAGCUCUCCAACAGCAUACCCAGCACAUUAACUUCACGACCGAGCAGGCGCGGCGGAUGAUCACCACCGCCGCCACUAACACUCCGCCUGCUCGUGCUGCCAUCGCUAGUAAUAACAGUGGCAAAUUUGUAUCUUCCUACGCUGUUCCCACUUCAUCUUGUGGCUGUUUCCCCUGCAAUAAGCUUCCUUAAGUAAUUGCUUUGAUGUUCUAUUUUGUCACCCUUGUUGUUAUUAAGCUAACAUCCAAAGAAAUCAGAGAUGUGUGAAGCAUUAAUCACCU